GUCCUUCUAAAACACCAACGCUCUAAGCAAAUCUCGUCCUUUUCGAGUUUAUAGUUUGACUUAGAACUCAAAUAUCAGCAACCAUGGGAAUGGGAAGAGAUUCAUGGCACAAGCGCCGUUCAACCGGUGGCCACCGUGCGCCCCUUCGCAAAAAGCGUAAAUUUGAACUUGCUCGCCCUGCGGCCAUGACCAAGAUUGGAGCCAAGCGCAUCCAUGAGGUCCGCACUAUGGGUGGCAACAAGAAGUUCCGUGCUCUGCGUCUAGAUCACGGAACCUUCUCCUGGGGAUCUGAGGCUAUCUCCCGUAAGGUUCGUAUUCUUGGUGUGGUAUACAACUCUUCGAACAAUGAGUUGGUGCGUACCAAUACCCUUGUGAAGAACGCUAUCGUUCAGAUUGAUGGAGCUCCUUUCCGUCAGUGGUAUGAGGCUCACUACGGCGUUUCCAUUGGCAACAAGAAGGGCCAGGCCGUCGCCAAGGACGAGGCUGCCGCCCCCCAGUCCAAGUCUGUCACUGACAAAAUUGCCGCCCGCAAGGCCGACUUUGUCAAGCUUGAGCAUGCAGUGGACAGUCAGUUCACCGCCGGACGCCUUUACGCGUGUAUCUCGUCCAGACCUGGACAGAGUGGUCGCUGUGAUGGUUACAUUCUAGAGGGUAAGGAGUUAGAGUUCUACAUCAAGAAACUGAACCUAAAGAAACAUUAAAUGUUUUUAAUGUUACUUCCCGUAGCAACCAUAUAGUAAAGCCUAUGAGGAUGUAGUAUCACACGUCUGUUGAUCAUGCAUUUACUCUAGUUGUAUUUUAACAAAAAUAAUCAUCGCUGG